UAACGUUUCUAUGGUCACAUUUUGGCUACAGGCUACUUUGAAGCAAGGUAAAACAUGUGUCAUAAUAGGCUAUGAAGUAAAACUGUUUUCACACGCGAUUGUAAAUGUAGAAAUGUUGCACAAUGACUGGGAUUAUAAGAACACAUGAUCAAUGAGCUGCGAGCUCUCGCUUUGCUCAAACUAGGCUUUGUAUGCGGUGCGCAGUAAUGCAAGUUAUAAAUAAGUUAGAUGACAAAAUAACUUACUCAUUUGCUUUUAUUAUGAUGGGACAUAUCAGCUAUUAAUUUUUUUUAAAGAUUUGCUAAGGACCUGUCAUGCCAAAUAUUGUCCCCUUACCAAAUAGUUUCCCCCUCUAAUUCAUUGAUGGGAUUCGAUGAGUUCUAGCUUCUGUUGUUAGGGCUGUUGCUAGAACGUCAGGUUGGUUUUCACAGCUGUUUCGCAAGGUGUUCAUUAUUGUAAAUUGUAAGGUAACCAUUGAUGGUAUUUAUUUGUUCCACAUUAUUCAUUGUUGUAGCCUAGGACCUACAAUAUAUACAUAUAUAUUGAACCACAAGGGUGUACUAAUGUGCUAUGCCAGAAAAAAAAUCAUAAUAGAGGACUACUGAAAUGAUCUUAUUUCAGUGUAGAUGAGGGAAGGAAGGGCAGGUUUAAAUAAAAACAUGACAGCCAGACAAGCCAGUGUAAGAAUUAAAUGGAUUUCCAUAUGAAUGGAGCGGAAAUUAGCUGUCUUUGUGAUUUGUAAGAACCAGUAUCUGGUGCUACUAUCACAAUUACCCCAAACCCACCAAUCAUCGAGGGGGGGCUCUGUCACUUUAACCUGUGAUGCAGCUGGCUUCAACAUCACCAGAGAGUGGAUGAAGGAUGGUCAUCCUGUGUCUUCUGUUGACGAUAUCAUAUUAUCUGAGGAUAAGAGAGUGCUGUCCAUAAAGAAGAGAACAGACAGUGGCGAAUACCUGUGUAGAGUCAGCAACCAUGUCAGCUCUGAAAAUGCCAGUGACACUGUGAAUGUAAUCUAUGGACCUGAUGGUAUGGAAAUCAAGGGUCCAAAUGAAAUAGAAGUAGGACAGAAGUUUACAUUGACCUGCUCUGCCUACUCCAACCCACCUACUAGUUACACCUGGAUGCACAAUGAGACAGAGAUACCUGGACAUUCCCCUGAGUUCACUAAAGAGAAGAGUGAAUACUCUGACAGUGGGGAAUACACCUGUACAGCAACAAAUGAUGUCACUGGAAACAAAACAUCUGUGGUCCAUAAACUGUCAGUAAAAGGCUCGCAACAACAUGUAUAUGAGAACCCAUCACCUGUGUAUGAGAACCCAUCACCUGUGUAUGAGAACCCAUCACCUGUGUAUGAGAACCCAUCACCUGUGUAUGAGAACCCAUCAGCUGUGUAUGAGAACCCAUCACCUGUGUAUGAGAACCCAUCACCUGUGUAUGAGAAC